AUGUCCAAGAAAGCCCAAAAACUGAAGGCUGCUCGAGCAAGAGCUGCAAGAUGGCCCACUAGCAGAGUCACCGCUACACCCAAACAUGGACCAGAAUCUGCAGUCCAAUACUGUGCAGGAGCGACACCUGAAUGGCUCGAGGGAGAUGCUGACAAUGACAUGGCCAUGCAUCUUGCACCAGCAGACCAUGCCAGACCCAGAUACACGCCCAUGGAGCUGGACUUGGAAUGUGAUUCCGAUGGGGUUAAUGUCUGCUGGCCCAGUAGCAGCAAGUAUGAAAUGCCAUUGAAUCCUGAGAGCAGUUGGUCGGAUUCUGAGAGCAUCUGUAAAAUGGAGGGUGAUGAGCUGGAAGCAAACCUGCAGGAGCUCAGAGCAGAAGUUGAGGCCUUGGGAAACUGCACUGGAUUUGAGGAGAUUCAAACAACAAGAAUGUUUGCUGAUUGGAAAACAGCUGAGGCAAACAGAACACUUGGAUACAAUGGACACUCUGCAUGGACACAUUAA